UUUGCAAGGGGUAUGAAUAAUUCUGGGCUUGACUGUAUGUGUGGCCAGUCUGGGCCCACUUCCAAGAAGACCCUUGCUACGCUAUGCAUUGUGUUGUGUCACGAUUAGUAAAGAGAGGGACAGGAUCAAAUCAACAGUAUGAAAAGUCACUGUUUUCCCAUUUACAACAUUAGGAUCCAUCUCUUUUUGUUUCAAAUUACUAGAUUCAAGUGUGAACUGAAAACACAGAUUCAAAAUAAGCAAUGGGAAGUCAUCCAAAAUAGGCUGUGAAAAUAGGCUAUAUAUAUAUAUAUUUUUUUUUUUUUUACUUUCCCUUACAAUAAAGCAAUAUACAUAUACCAAGCCCAUCAAUAACCUUGCAAACGUGACAAGGUCAUUUCAGUGUAACUUUUCAAAGGGAACCUUACUUAGUUGUUAUUGCUGUUCUGACGAUCGACAACCUCCGGUGACCAAGCUGGCGUUGAUCCACGAUGUCAAUCUGGGUCAUGGCACCAUUGUGGCUGGUCUGGGCCCACAGUAGAGGUCACUGUGCGAGCUUGAAAGUUAUUUCAGGAAGUAGAAGUUUUGACAGAGGUUAUGAAUAACAAGAACAGAGAGGUGAAGAACGGUAUCCUGACCGAGGUCAUGAACCACAAGACCAGAGAAGUGAGGACAAGUGCCACAAUUGUGGAGCUUUUGUUCACUAGGCAAAGGACUGUAGAAUUUUUUUUUUUGUCAGAUCAGCAAACAGAUUUAGAGGUAGCAAUAGCGAGUCAUGGGCUUUGACAUGUCUCAACAGGAGGGAUGAGUGUAGUAGUUACUCAACACUUUACCACCUAUUAAUCCAUAAAUUAUUCAAAACAUUUUUGUUUGAUUUGUUCAGUUUGUGCUAGACAUGAUGCUCAAGGCAAUGUAAGACCAAAAAGAGGCCAAUUUCCACCAACCAAUGCACCUUUUGAAGCCAUACACAUGGACUUUAUAGAAUUAAAUCAGAGUAGGGAAAGGAAUGCUGUUUAGUUAUUAUAGACCCGUUUACUAAAUGGAUAGAAUUAUUUCCUGUCCCCCAUCCAGAUGCAUUUACAGUAACGAAAAUCCUGUGCAGAGAAAUAAUUCCUCGAUUCAGCAUUCCAAAACGAAUCUACAGUGACAAUGGAACUCAUUUUGUAAAAGAAAUAAUUAAAAAAAACGUAGGACUUAGAUUAAAUGUAGAUUUAAAACAUCAUUGUGCCUAUCAUCCACAGAGUGCAGGCCUUGUAGAAAGACAUAAUGGUAAAGAUAAAAAAUGGAUUAAAGAAAGCUAUGGAAGAGAGGGGAAAGAAACAAACAAACAAACAAAAAAACUGGAUUUAUUGUUUGGACUUAUUAUAAAUCUAUAUAGCUCCCAAUUCCAACAAAAACUUAACUCCUUUUGAAUCUUACAUGGCAGAAAAUUUGUAAUACCCCAAUUUGGACUAUUAUCACCAGAAUCUAAGAGGGAAUUAGACAUAGUGGGCUCUAUUUUUGUGUCCGCCGGUGAAGAGGCGGAGGGUAGCGGAUUGCACGCAGUGGUAUUUUCUUCUGGCGGAGCCCGGUGUACAGCCAGUUUGGUAUUUUCGUGAACUGAGGCGCACCGAGGUCCGCCAAGCUGGGCGUGGUGGCAUGGCAGAGGGAGUGACAUUUUCAUGCUCGCCGGUGGCGUAUAAAGUGCGCUGAAAGCUCGCCGAUUCAAACCUGGUCAGCUUUCAGUGCAGGUGGAGCGCAGCUGGUCUAGUGGUAUUUCGGUAGACCUGCGGUGUAUUGGCAUACCUCACCAGCAGGUUUCCACAGUGUCAGGCACAUUUCAGUGCAAUAGAUAAUCAUCGACAACUAAUAAUCUGAGUCAGCACAUACAUUUAGAUCAAUAUAGAUAUAUUUUGAUCUAUAUCUUCUCUGAUGAGCUAUCUGGCACGCGUUUGGACACACAACCUGUCCGAAUCAACACAGCUGAAACCGCAUUAAAUUAAAUUAAAUAUCUAGUAAAUAAACACACAUGAUGAAGUUAACUAGAUAUGAAAUUCGUCUCCCUCCUUUUCUUUCUUCCUCUUCCUUUUGUUUCUCACGCAGCUUGACCUGGACAUGUCUCUGUGUCCUCUCCCGUCCUGCUGCUGUGGCGGCUGAAUAGAUGAUUUGUUACAGUGAUCAGAUUUACUUUAAGCCUACAUAUGAAUAUUAUAAUAUUCAGUUUUGUGAGCCAAAUUUAUUUUAUAUGCCAACAUAGAAAAAGAGCCAGGCCACAAGAGACAGCCAGGCCACGGAGCGCAUUGUGUCAUUUACACACAGAUGGUUCCGAUUUUAAUGCCAUUAUGGAAUUUAUGAUGUGAUCUCUGUGCACAACCCACCUUUGUCAUGUGAGGUUUGAAUAUGUGCAACUUUAUGUGAUUGUUGUGGAAAAGGUGUUUGUCUUACUAGUGGGUCCAACAUUUCACACACCAAAUCCAUCUGUGCUCAUAUGAGAGAGUGCAGAGGACGCCCAAUGCAGCACUUACAGUGACACUUGUUGAGGAGCUGCCCUCUGUUGCCAUCGUGUGGCAUUACUAUCUUCAGACAUCUCUUGAUCUCUUCGACUACUUCACGAAAAUAGUAAUACGCCUCGCCGGUGGCGGAUUUAAAGGCGAGGAGAGGAGCUGAUGUUAUUGGUCAAUACAGGUCUCGGCUGUGUUAAAUCCACUCCACGUCCUCUCUCCUCCCUCCCUACGACUUACGCCAUUGGAAGGAGCUGAGUUAGGGAGGGGGGAUACUUACCCUGGGCUGCGCUGCUCACCAAAAUACCAAAUUGUGCUUGGGAACGCCUUGUCGGCGCAGCAGACUUGACUUUUGCUGUGCCUGUGGCAUGUCUCCGGCGAGGCACGAAAAUAGAGCCCAGUGGAUUACAUGAUCAAAAUGUUGAAGACAAAAGAAAUGAUGAAUGCCUAUAGAAUGCCAGAUGAUCCUCUCCCCCUACAGAGGAAACACCAGGAGCUGGUGAAAGUAGGAGAUUGGGUCCUGAUUAAAAAAAAAAAAAAAAAAAGGUACUGCUAACGACACCCACAGCAGUAAAAAUAGCACAAAGAAGUAGCUGGAUACAUCUUUCCCAUUGCAAAAAACCUGUAUGGGUUUUAGUUAGGAAAGCCUGACUUCAAAGGGGGGUGUCCUUAUAGUGGGCGUUCGUCUCAAUGUCAGUGAAGAUUAGAUGCUCUUGAAUUCCUUAGGAGCAUAGGAAAAGGGGAAAGUUAGGUAUUUUACUUCUGCUAAACCUGAUACCGUUAAUCUGCCGACUGAAAACAUUGUUUACAACUUCAGAUCAACUUAAAGAAGGAAAGAGAAGUGACAACAAUGGACCAAAUGUGGAGAUAGAAUGGCAAAUGAAACUGACCGGCUACACAAACUCGUUUGAAGUGAAAAUGUGGUACAGAUAUGCAAAAUAUCUAGCAAAGACCGAGAAUCAGUCUUACUUCUAUGUCUGUACUAGGAUGUCCCUAGCCACAACAAACCUGUACGUGGUUCCAUAGCUGUACCCGAAUGACAGCAGACUAUUUCCUGAAGCAUUGCAAUCAGCUUUAUGGCCAAGGGUUCUGAAACAGAUUGUCGUUGGCGAAACAGGUCAGGCUACACCUACUCCACCUGAGUUUUCAAAGUUCUCUUUCCAUAACCUGUUGAAAACUGGCUCUACAGGUAACAGGAAGAUCUAUGGACCACUCCAUGUUCCUCUGGGUACUAAGUUCAUGUGUUAUGAGAACUACAUCCACUUGGUGGAGGAUAAAGACACCUACAUGGGAAAGGUGGACAGAUCUCAUUGUAGAGUGACAUAUAUUCCCUGUACCGCUGACUCAAAAGGUGUUCUCAAUUCCACUCGAGCACCACGUGGUACACAGUGUCGACCAUUUUACACUGUUCCUGACAUGGGUACACUUCCACAAUCAGACUGUGUGUGGAUGUGUGGUGCUAAUGCUUUUCUUCCUUUCUACUCCUAGGAUGGACUGGCAAGUGUGCUGUUAUAACCCCUUCUGAUCAUUCCUUCAUAGUGACUACUAGUGUUAAGGACGGUGCUGAGAGCAGAAAAAAGAGAGAUCUCUUUCCUCGACAUGACUCGAUUUGGGGAACGGCUGUACCCCUCGAUCAUAAGCUGUGGUCUGACGGUCAGAAGGUGAUCCUGUCACUCUUUCCCUGGGCAGGAUUGGGUAAGACAAUGUUACAAACUGAGACACUUGAUUACAGGUUUGGUACCUUUGCAAACAUCACCAUCAGAGCGCUGGAGGACGUGAAAGAGGAGCUCACCGCCUUGAGAAUGAUGGAGCUGCAGGACUGCACUGUGUUGGAUCAACUCACUGCUGCAUCAGGAGGAGUGUGUGCCUUGGUGGGUACAUUUUGCUGUACUUUCAUUCCAGAAAAUGAUGCAGACGGAGGAAUCAUUCAGCAGGCGAUUGUUAACCUGACCGCACUGAGAAUGGCUGUGGAUGGUGAUCAUGUGAAUAAAGUGGACUGGCUAAGCUGGAUGACGUCUGGUCCUUGGUAUCAUAUCCUUUUGAAAUUCCUGACACCAGUUGCUACUGUGUUACUAUUAUUCUGUGUAUUCAUUUCUUGCAUCUUACAAUGCCUCAGAUUGAUGAUCACUCAUGCUGUCUCUAACUCAGUUAGAGACGCGCUCUUGCAGGAACACAGAGAAGUAUAUCUCAAGCUGUUGGAGCAGGCAGAAAACAUGGACACUGCAGUCUAGCUGAGCUCAUCAGUAUACACAGCAAUUGUUUUGCAGUAUGUCAAUAAAUGUGGCAUGCUUACAGAAAAUGAAAAGAAGUUGUGAGUUACUGUAAUAGUGAUAAACAGGAGGGAAAUGAAAUGCUACCACAUGUGUAUUUUAUCAUUAUAUAAGUAUGUUAAUCGUCAUUUACUGAAACUCACUUGGUGUGAAUGCUUGCAGAGUCAUAUCUGUUUCUUUUUAAUGAGCAUGGGAAAGGAGAAGUAUGACCUUGGAGUUGGGACUGAUACUUUUCUGCUGAAGCCAUGCAAAGAGAUGAAUGCUAUGAUUUCACUCACAGGUUGUUUUCCCAGCAGUGUGACAUUGAACUGAUAAGCAGGAACCUGAUGAUGAACUAAGCUGUCUUUGUUUUCCCAGUACAGACCACAGCUGCAACCUGUACCCUAUUUGGAUACUGUUGUAAUGUCAUGCCACUUGUGAGAUGAUGUUAGUGGGUGGGGGUGUCUGUUUCAUGACUGCAUAAAGGAUGUGUAAAAAUCUGAAUUCCUCAGUCAGAGGAAGCUGCCUUUGUUGUAAGCUGCUGACUCCUUGCAAGUAAAAGAUAUCUAAGAAAAAGAAGUCAACUGACUCUGUUGUUCUUCUCAGCUGGCUGCAAGUCAGAUGCAGUUUAAUUUUUCAGACACAUAAGUAUAAAAGGAGGAUAAUGAAGGUCGCUUGCUAGGUAUUCUGACAUUAGCAAAUGUUAUUUCAGGUUGUUGCAUUUUGAUCUAUACCCAGAAAUGAAACAAAACUAUAACAUUUGUUACAGUCGUUCAGCUCUAAAACACAAUAUAAACAUGCCAUAGCAACAUGAAUGCAGAAGAAAUAUUAAAUCAAAGUAGUUAAACCGUUUUGUGUAGUAAUUUCUGCACAAACUAAUUAGGUUAGUAAGUAAUAAAUCAAUUUUAAGAUUGCAUGUGUUAUGGUCCUGGCCCAGGGGAACCAGGGCCCCGCUCUUCCCACUCCCAAGGAAACCAGCCAACUUAGGGGUUAAAUAUCACAGAGUGGCCAUUUUAUUAACUUCAGAGGUGAGCAGUGCCAAAACAACAAACAAAACAGGUUAUCCGCUGUCUUUUGUUUUAUAUUCAUUUUAUUACAGGGAAGUUCAGGGCCUUGGUUUAGCUAACUCCUAACCAAAAACAGGGGAAAACGGGACAGAAAAACAAAUGGCUUCUCCCUCCUACUACUGCCACUAAAUCUAAAUGCACAAAAUAUUUACAAUUAUUUAUAAGUAUUUACAAAUGGCUAAUAACCAAUUAACUGAUUAUUAGUCACACACAAUUCAUAAAAUGCGAGAUUGCCACAAUCACUGUCACUGAACUAGGGAAAAUACAUCACACAGCAUGCUGGCAAGUUGGAAAUGGCAAGAGCAAGGGGUGAAGGUUGGCAUCAGGUCGUGGUUAAAACUCCUUAGCCAGUGAAUCAGCCUGCAGCAACCCAGUCACGUGAACAUUUUGGCAGCACACACACACCUGCAGCUCAUCUCUCACACACACAGAGACACUGAUUGCCACUGCAGAGGAGGGGAGGAGAGAGAGAGCUGUUCGUACAGAAAUCAAACAACCAAAAUACAUAAAUGGCCACAGUCAUAACACAUGGAAUAGAUGAUACAAUGCAUAAACCCUGUUUUUUUUCCACUUGUUUAUUUAGUAAGUAACCCACCCCAGCUCUACCAUGCAUUACUUUAAGAACCCCAAGUCAGACAGCCACAGCCUAGAAAUGUGUUUUUCUUACCACCCUCAGAGGAAGACAAAACACCUGACUGUACAAAAAGCAUUUACAUGCAUAGAUGGCACAGUCAGAAAACGGCUAACAUUCUGUGAAGAGAACCAUAUUCUAGCAUUUCCUAAACCAAAUGAAACCAAUCACUUCACAAGUGGAAUGCAGGACUGGAAACCUAGAACAGCUUUAUAGAUAAAGACAUACCAAUGGCCGAGGCGACUUGUGCUUAGGGAAUUCCAGUUGACCUUUGAGUAUAAGUCACAGUGGUGAGUAAGAAGUCUACAGUUGGUGAUAAAUCUCAGAGCUUCAUGGUAAACACUGUCCAACAUCUGUAGACUCUGGGCAGAAGCAUUCAUGUACAGUAAAUCACCAUAAUCCAGAACAGGUAAAAAUGUUGACUCAACAAAUAUCUUUUAAACCAUAAAGGAGAAACUUGUUUCUGUAGUAAAAAAAAGUAAAACCUUAAGCUUUUCAGUAAUGUACUAAAUAUGCUCUUUAAAAGACAAGUUUCCAUCAAACAAAAACCCCAGAUAUUUAAAGGUGGAAACCAGUUCAAUUUCUUGACCAUCCUCGGUAACAAUUUUCCCAGGCAAGGUUAUUUUAGCCACUCUAGAUGAUGUAAAGAACAUAAGUUUAGUUUCGUUGGCAUUUACAACAAGCUGCAGCUGGCUAAGCUGAUCCUGAACCAAAUCAAAUGCAUACUGAAGAUUUGUGAAGGACUUGUGCAGCUGAAGGUGCACAGCAGUAGAUUACCUUAUCAUCAGCAUAGAAAUGAAAUGAUGAAUUGGGAACAUUUUGUCCAAUUGAAUUUAUAUAUAAUGUAAACAACAGGGGGCUUAAUAUAGACCCUUGAGGCACCCCCUUUCAGUUUUUAGUAUCUCAGAGGUAACACCAUCUAAUUGAACAGCCUGAGUUCUGUCAGUAAGAUAGUUGGAAAACCAACCAACAGCUUGUUCCGAGAACCCAGUGGCUCUGAGACAGUCCAGUAAAACACUGUGAUCUACAGUGUCAAAGGCCUUAGAGAAGUCAAUGAAAAGAGACCAACAACACUUUUUUUUGUCCAAGGCUUCAAAACAUCAUUCACUACUUUCAAGGCAGCCAGUUGUACUGUGUUUUUUCCUGAAACCUGACUCGAAAUUAGACAAUAAGGCACUGUAAGUCAGGUAUUCUUUCACUUGAUCACUGAUCAAAGAUUCAAGCACUUUGGACAACACUGACAGUUUUGAAAUAGAAUUUUAAUUAUUAAAGAUAUUUGGAUCGCCUCCUUUAAGCAUUGGUGUUACAAAGGCUGAUUUCCAAUCAGCUGGGAUUUUAUUUACGCACAGAGUAAGAUUAAAAAUAUGACAAAUCUAAAAUCUGCAGCAAGCUUUAAAAAGAAGGACCAGCUAGUUAAUGAGGGUAAAGAUUUUUUAGAGCGAUCGAUACAUAGAAAACAAUAAAAUACUAAAAGUAAAAAGCUUGAGUGUUUUGGCUGGUCGAUUCACUAUUUAGAAAUGCAGAAUUAGAUUUUUCUGACUGAAACAGAAAGCCAGAGGAUAUAAAAUGCUAAUUAAAAGAGUUCAAUAUUUCUGUUUUGUCAGUUACACAAUGACCAUCAAUUACAAAACUAGAGGGAAUGUUAAUAGACGUGCAACAGUUUGAUAAUGACUUUAUAGUUUUCCAAAAUUUCCAUGGGUUUUUUAGUUUUUCCAUUGUUUUAUGCAGAUAGAAGUCAGCUUUUGAUUUAUGAAUUAAAGAAGUACAUCUGUUCCUGAGCUAUCUGAAAAGCAGCCAGCCAGAGUCUUUUCCUGUUUUGUGUGCUCUGGCCCAAACAAGAUUACACUCAUGCAUCAAUUCAGACAUCUCACUGAAAAACCAAGGAUUAUUUCGUCCCUUUCCUCUACAAUUAUGAAAAGGGGCAUGUCUAUUUAUAAUCUUCAUGAAUUAAUCAUGGAAGUAAUUCCAGGAAAGUUGUACAUCAUCAAUGAGUGUGAUUCUACUUCAAUAAAAACGACAUAUGUCAUGCUAGAAAGCCUGCUCAACAUACUUUUUCAAGUCACGUUUUUGAAUAACACGAGACUUGCUUUUUGGUAUUCUUGUGUCACGCACAACAGCUUCAACACAGUGAUCACUGAUAUCAUUGGGAAAGACACCAUAGGAAACAUAUUUACAAGGCAUGUUUGUUAGAACUAAAUCUCUACAUCCAAUCCAAACCAUCUGUAAACAUCCAAUGCUAAUUUAGGGGUGUUCUGGGAAGCACUUAUACAGAGAUCCAGCAGGAAAGUUGAUUUACCCAGUACAAGUGGACACCCACCACAAUCUAGUGCAUUGUUAGACAAUGCUGGCAACUCAGUGGCGGGCUGAGGGUUGCCAGGUUCAGGAGGAGAUACCGCAGUGAAAUGUAAACAAAUGAUGUACAGUACCGUGGACAGAGGCAUGAUGGACAAUAUCCAGUGAUAAUCCAUCACUGAAGAUGGCCUCGUUAGACUCAGUGAGGCUAUAUCCAAUAUGCACCGAACAGGAUAUCCAUAAAAAAUUAUCCACUUGGAUUUCGAGGAAGUAGAAGCUCGUUGCUUACCAUUAGCAGACGCUAGUCCUCAGAAGGAGCAUCAUGUAUGCAUCCUUUUGGAAAGUAACAAAUGUUCACUGGGACCUCUACCUAGUGAGUUGCGGACAGGAAAGCAGACUCACCAGAGCAGGAUCAGCAAUUUACAGGGUUUGUGUCAUACACCCACAAAAUCAGUCUCGGCAGGACAACCGGUGUUGUGAGGAAUGAAGAGCCCAGAGACCAGAACAGAUCCCAGCAGGUCCAAUUCUCAGGGUAGGAAGCUCACGGAGUGACAGCUUAGCUCUAGUCAGGAUGAACACUGUAGCCUCGCGCACAGGUAAGACACAAUGCCCUAUUGAGCCACAAUAAUUUGAUCAAGCAAACGAAGAUAAUCAUAGAUUGUCACUCUAUGCCUUGAAAGAAAGGCGGUGGGCAAAACGUCAAGCAUCACUUGGUCAAAAACAGAAGCAUAACUAUGAAAACUUGAUCAGGAAUGGACCAGACUUCUCCACACUCACAUAUGUGCUGCCAUCUUGGAUGACCUCAGUUGUGCUGAGGCAUAUAUUUUGAGGGCAUCUAAAUCAGACAUAGCCAGCCUGCUUCAUGGUCCCCGAACUGCAGCUCACAGAGAUCAAGUAAGGAAGAGACGGCGGGUGUUAGAACAUAUUACAGAUGUGGUCAAAUUCAUAGGGAAGAGAGGACUGAGCUACAGAGGAAAGCAAUCUGGGGCAGCGUACUCUCUCGAUGAUAAAUCAUGGAAAUUUUUUAGAGCUCAUCAUUCUUCUUGGAAAAUGUGAUGUUUGCCUGAAGGAACGUCUAACCGCAUGCAAAACACAAUGCAAUUUUGUUUAUUUCUCAGUGAGUAUUCAAAUUAACUGUAUAAUCACAGCCUCUUUAUAUUGUGAUUGUUCAUAACUCAUACCUUUUAUUUUUGUGUAUUAUAGGCAGUCACCUCACCUGUAUUGUUUUGUUCACUGAGAGACAUUUAAAGUGUGUUGUUUAUUUCUCAGUGAGUAUUCUAUGCUCUUGAUACAACUUUUUGUCAACAUCAGUGAUAAUGCUUUACAUUGGAAGGCUGAAAAUUUAUCCUUAAAACUUUGUCUUUACAAAAGGAUUGUGGCAACUCACUUCACUCUACACAGAUAAUAUUUGGUACAGUGAUGGCAAAACUCGCUGUCACUCUUCAUCUCAAGACACACACAGUGGCUAGGGCAGACACCAACUGCCACAGACAUCCCCAACAUUUGAGCUUCAAGCCCCCUUUCUCCUGCUGUAGUUAUGUAUCUACCUUCACCAUGGCAACCAAUUAGAGCACCUGGAGACACACAGCUGGCUGGAAAGCUGCUUUUAACGACCUUAUGAGACACAUGAAGCCAGGCCCCGUACACAGAGCGCUGGGGGUUACAUUUAAAACCCUUCACUAGACAAACUUUAUCAUCUAUCUCUUCCUACAAACUUUGAGCUACAGAAACCAUCCAGGAUUAAAUUAAUUCAAUUCAUUGAAGACAUUAUGGGAUGCAUUCAGAAUUUUUUUUUUUUUAAUUUUUUUCCCACACUAGAUUCAAUUUUAAUAUUCAUGCAUUAUUUAAUUUUUCAAACAAAUUAAAAAUUAUUCAAACUGAUUUAAACCUUUCUCAUACUUCUAAUACUUUAAGAUUUUUAAUCAUUUUAAUUUCCCUGUGUUAAAUCAUUUAACGAUUUAUACAUCAUUUUAUUCUUCAAAAAAAAUUCCAACUCAUUCAAGCUGAUUCAAACAUUUCAAGUACUUCAAACCUUUCUUAUACUUCAGGAUUUUUAAUCAUUUUCCACACACUGAUUUUUUUUUAAAUUUAUGCACUAUUCAAUGAAUUCGUCCAAAUCAUUCAAAUAAAUUCAAAGCUUGCUCAAAAUUCAAACAUUCUUAUCUUUCAUAAGCUGCGUUUCCAUUACAUUUUUUCGCAAAAUAAAAGCGAUGUUUAUCAAAUUUCGACAAAAGUACAAUUGCGAUUUGCGGAUGUUUCCAUUGAAUGGUGUUCAGUGCAUAAGCAAGCCGUCUGCCUCUCGCGAGCCGUGUUUGAAUGACCGUUGCCUAGCAACGAGGUAAAGUUCCUGCCCAUGCGACCUCGUAUUCUAUAAGCCUUUUUGCACACCAACAUGGACGAAACACAAAACAUUUUGCGUUUUGGAGCAGCUAUUUCUGUGACCAUUACUGCUGUUGCCGCUGCUGUCAUCAGAAGACGAAGGCAGUGGGUAAUAAUUCAAAGGCAAAGCCCGUAUGUAUGGGAGCGGACACGGAUGAGGGAUUUCUGGGAGAGGAUCGUUAAUGAGGAAUUCACAGACUAAUCGUGGAUUCAAAACUUCAGAAAAAUACAAAUACAAUUCAAAACUUCAGAUAUAACUCCGUCUCCUCCCCCGUCCACACAUACCGCGCCGUCUUUGCUUGAAAUGAACUGGUCACAUGACCCGCUAUGUCACGUCCGGUGACAGAGAAUUGCGAGAAUAGUGUUUCCAUUACACUUUUGCGAUAUACUUCUAUAUCGACACGUCUGAAAAACCACCUCAUGAGAGCGUAAAAACUUUUAAGCGAUAUUAGAGAGGUUUUUCAAAAUUUUGGCGUUUCCAUUACCAGUUUUCUAUUACGAUAUUUAGGUUUUGCGCAAAACUAUGGGUAAUGGAAACGCAGCUAUAGUCUUUCAAAAUUCAGCCAUUUGCAAUAGCAGCUUAGCGAUAGCAAUUUCAAACAGAGCAAUCCCACUCGCAAUUUCUUCAGAAAUUGCAUUUUCUAGUUAUUAUUAUUAAGUGGUAAUACUGAUUAAGCAUUUCCACUUAUUGUUAUUCCUGUCGGCCAUUUUCUUUCUUUCUUAUUAUUAAGUGGAAAUGCUGAUUAAGCAUUUCCACUUAUUGUUAUUCUCCUGUUUCUUUAUUCUUAUUAUUCUUCCGCCGAUUUUUGCCGCUUUUCAACUCCUUCAAACUUUGUGCUAUUUCAACCAUUCAAACUUUGAAUUGUUCCACUCCUUCAGGACAUGUGUGCUUGUAUUUUUUACUUUUCUACCCUUUGUACUUUUUUUUUUUUUUUUUACUUUUUUGUGCCAAAAUUUUAACAUUGAAGUCAAUGGGGAAAUCUUCCAAUUCUUCCUUUUAUUCUUCCACCUUCUAAGCCUUAUAACUUCAGCAUACUUUCACCUGGAUACCUUAGUUUUUUUGUGCUAUCUUCUACAGUUUUCCCACAAUUUAGCUUUAAGCAACUCGUGGUUUUCAGCAAAUUUCAGGCUUUAUAAUGGGUGUGUAUUAGACUACUAGGCUAGAGUGAUGAUUUAAAAGCUAGAGUGCAGACCUCCUCUCUGAUCGACAGAACCUUGCUUGAAUAAAUCACUCCCACGCCCACAAAUUUCACUCCACAGCCAUAAAAAAAACAUCAAAAUGGAGGUAUAUGUGUCCUGCUUCUCACAAAAGAGGUUUCAAAUCAUUAAAUCAUACCCCUUGGCCAGCAGGUGACCAACUGUCCAAAAAAGGCAAAGAACCCUGGCAUUGGCCCUAAUGUAUUUUUUCUCCAAGAAAAUCCGGAUCAUCGCUCAGGCUCAGACUUUUUUAACUUGCUGAUGUGGCCACAUUUUUUGGAGUACAGACAUGAAAAUGAUGAUGAAAACGAUGUUCUUAUUUACAUUCUGGGAUUUAAGGAAAUCACGCUAUGUGAGGAAGUUCAGAGGCCCUAAAUUCACUGCAGUUUGCAAUUUCAGACAGUUUUUCUAGCCUUAUUCAGCAUGAAUGCAAUUUUAAUUUAUGAAGCACAUUCAUACUCUUUGUACUUCAGCAAUUUUCACUUUCAUCCAACUUCUACUUCUUCUUCUUCACCCCUUUAACUGAUUUUACCUUAAAACCUUCUAUUUUUAUUAGCAGUUUUGCAUCGCUUUAGCACUCAGCAUUUCCACGCAUUUUCUGCAAGGAAAUGCAAUUUUUCUAGUUGUUAUUCUCCUGUUUCUUUAAUCUUAUUAUUAUUCUUCUGCCGAUUUUUGCCGCUUUUCAACUCCUUCAAACUUUGUGCUAUUUCAACCAUUCAAACUUUAAACUGUUCCACUCCUUCAGGACAUGUGUGCUUACAUUUUUUACUUUUCAACCCUUUAUACUUUUGUACUUUUUGUGCCAAAAUUUUAACAUUGAAGUCAAUGGGGAAAUCAUCCAAUUCUUCCUUUUAUUCUUCCACCUUCUAAGCCUUAUAACUUCAGCAUACUUUCACCUAGAUACCUCAUUUUUGCUUCAAAAUGUUUAUUGUCUUAUCAACUAUUGAUGUUGUAUUAACUUUUUUGUGCUAUCUUCUACAGUUUUCCCACAAUUUAGCUUUAAGCAACUCAUUGUUUUCAGCAAAUUUCAGGCUUUAUAAUGGGUGUGUAUUGGAGAGGCUUAAGUGAUGAUUUAAAAGCUAGAGUGUAGACCUCCUCUCUGAUCGACAGAACCUCGCUCGAAUAUAUCGCUCCCACGCCCAUAAAUUUCACUCCACAGCCAUAAAAAAAACAUCAAAAUGGAGGUAUAUGUGUCCUGCUUCUCACAAAAGAGGUUUCAAAUCAUUAAAUCAUACCCCUUGGCCAGCAGGUGACCAACUGUCCAAAUAGACGGAAAUCUCUCCCAUUAACCCUAAUGUAUUUUUUCUCCAAGAAAAUCCUUAUCGGCACUCAGGCUCAGACUUUUUUAACUUGCUGAUGUGGCCACAUUUUUUGGAGUACAGACAUGAAAAACACAUCAUUUUGUUCAUGAAGGGCGGAGGAUUCGUACGAUGUUCUUAUUUUCAUUCUGGGAUUUAAGGAAAUCAUGCUAUGUGAAGAAGUUCAGAGGCCCUAAAUUCACUGCAGUUCAGCUGCUUCUCAUUCAAACAGUAGGCCAGUUAAUGCCUUUGAUCUCACAGCUGUUUAGGAUAAAAUCAUUAACGAGACACACACACACAGUCUGACAAUGUGUGUGCAUGUGUGCCUCUGUCUAAAAGACCUGCAUGUACACACAGUUAAUAUGUGUCUGCUUCACCACCUAUCUCCACCCACAAACUUUGAGCUACAGCAGUGGUUCUCAAACUUUUUUUGUCAUUCCCUCCUUUGGAGGAAGAAAAAAUUUCAUUCCCCCCCUACCCCAAC